AUGGCCGCUCAGUUGAAGCAAACCAUGUUGGAAAGCAUGACUGAGAUGAUGAAUGAAAACAUGAAAGAGAUCAGAAAUGAAAUCAGACAAGCUACUGGUCAAGGUCACAGUAAUGAGUCCAGAAGGAACCGUCGAACUCACACUCCACAAGAGCAUGCUGGUUCACAGGAGACUGAUAACUACUAUGAGCGCCACAGAAGUGGGAGAAGUGGUUCUUCCUCAGCAUCACGAGUUGAUCAUGAUGCUUAUCUUGAGUGGGAGAAGAAGAUUGAGAUUGUAUUCAACUGCCGACACUACACCAAUGCUCAGAGGAUUCAAUUUGCUGCAACUGAGUUUGUGCCUAACCACUACCACCGGGAUCUUCAUCAAAGAUUGAGGAGACUUACACAAGGAUCCAAGACUGUGGAAGAGUACUACCAGGAGAUGGAGUUGCUGAUGUUGAGGGCUGGUAUAUCUGAGGACAGAGAAGCUACUAUGGCAAGGUUUCUUGGAGGGCUUAACCGCGAGAUACAAGACAGUGUGGAGAUGCAGCACUAUAUAGAGAUAGAAGAGAUGUUGCACAAAGCUAUUCUGGUGGAGCAACAGAUUAAGGGAAAGCAUCACUCGCGAGGCAACUAUGGGUACAGCAAGUAUCAGUACACUAAAGAAGAGAAACCAUCUCAUCUGAAGGACAGCAAGCCUCAGCAGAAAGAAGAAUCCAAGCCUAGCAUCCCAUACAUCAAAGGGAAAGGCAAGGCAGAAGCUACAAGCUCUAGAACUAGAGAUGUUAAGUGUUUUAAGUGUCAAGGAAGAGGACAUUAUGCCAAUGAGUGCACCAACAAGAAGGUUAUGAUUCUACUUGAGAAUGGAGAGUAUGAAUCAGAAGAAGAGCACUCCGGUUCUGAUCUGGAAAAGUCUGGUGAAGAAAGUGAAGUAGAACCGGUUAAAGGAAGGUUGUUGGUGACAAGAAGACUCUUGAACUUGCAAACUAAGACUGAAGAAACUGAGCAGCGUGAGAACCUCUUCUACACUAGGUGUUUGGUUCAGGGAAAGGUGUGCAGCCUUAUUAUUGAUGGUGGAAGCUGUGUCAAUGUAGCUAGUGAGACCAUGGUGAAGAAAUUGGGUCUGAAAGUACAGAAACAUCCUAGACCUUACCGGCUGCAAUGGCUCAAUGAGAAAGGUGAGAUGCGAGUCUCCAAUCAAGUGCUGGUACCUAUAGCCAUUGGUAGAUAUGAGGAUGAAGUCUUGUGUGAUGUAUUACCAAUGGAAGCUAGCCAUAUCCUUCUUUGUAGACCAUGGCAGUUUGAUAGGCGAGUGGUUCGUGAUGGUUUCACCAACAAGCACUAUUUUGAGUUUAAUGGAAAGAAGACAGUGCUGGUACCUUUGUCACCUAAGGAAGUUCAUGAGGAUCAGCUCCAGCUUUAG